AUGGGUGGUUCCUGUUCACACCUCUGCGACUCCGUUGUCCUACCAUCGACGAUCGCAUUUAAUCAAAUUCAAACAUCGUCUACUUUACCCUCUACACCAUCUCCAACUCGUUCCAUAGAAAAUUGUAUUGUGCUAUGGUUAUUCGAUGAUCCAUCUCGAAAAUUCGACAAUGACAAAGAACAACUGCGUCGUUCUGUCUACGGUCUUCAGAUUUUUUUCAAUGCCGAUACAUGCAUCGAUUAUAUUCGUGAUGUUAAAGAUGAACGAGUGUUUCUGAUUACAUCGGUUACAUAUCAAUCGAUUGUAAACUUCUAUCAUUUGUUAUCUCUGGAGAAAAUCUAUAUUUUCGAUCCGUCGUCCUCUCCAGAUCGAAGGCAUAGUCUCCAUUCGAAUACUUUUUCUAAUAUGACGGAUCUUUGCACGCAAGUACAGCAAGAUAUUAACUUGUACGAACACGAUCAGAUCUGUUGGUCGACGAUUUCGAAUUCGUCCAACGAAAUGACCAAAGCAGACCUUUCAUUCGUGUUUAUUCAAAUCUUCCAUGAAAUCAUGGCUCGAUUGAAAUUCGAUGGAAAUGCAAAGACUAUUUUCAUUGAUUUUUGUCGCUUGCAUUAUAGCGGAAGACAAUUAGGUCUAGUCGAAGAGUUUGCCAAGCACUAUCGACCUGAUACUGCAUUAGACUGGUUGAGACGACCAUGUUUCAUUUCAAGAAUAUUAAAUCGUGUUAAAAGAACGCGAGAAAUCGAUGUUCUCUACAAACUUGGUUUCUUUACUAAACAACUCAACACGCAAUUGUUGCAUUUGCACGAAGAAAAUAAAUCCUUCUUGCAAACCUUGUCAGUUGUCUUUCGAGGAAAGACAAUGUUGAAUGACGCAUUUGAUUCGCUCCUGAAGAACCAUUCUUCUGGCCUUUUAUCUUUUGGAAACUUGCUUAGCACUACAGUGAACAAGGAAACAUCCAUGGAGUUCAUACGUCUUCGAUUAACACUGCAUCCCGAUCGGUUAGCCGUGCUCUUCCAAAUUCAUCUGAAUCAUUUGAUAUUCGACGAAGAACAUCCCUAUGCUUUAAUGGCGAAUCACGAUUUAAAAAACGGAGAAAUCUAUUUCGCUGCCGCGAGUGUUUUUCGAAUCGAAUCGGUCAAACAAAUAGUUACCAAUGAAUUGAUGAUUUGGUGUGUGAAACUACACUUGAUUAAUACGAAUAAUACGCAAUUAGUUCGUAUUUUAACACCGUUUCGAACAUCUGAACAACAUGACAAUCCACUAUCAUGUUUAGGAAAACUAUUGAUGGAAAUGGGAGAGUAUCGACGUGUGGAACAAUUUUUCCUCGAAAUUCUCAAUGAUACAUCGAUUUUAAGUCAACCUCGUCGACUUGUGCGUGCACAUAACGGUCUCGGAGCUAACUAUGCACAUCAAGAAGAUUAUACUGCGGCUUUGAUGCAUUUCGAACAAGCAUUAAGAAUCAGUUUGACUCAUUUACCAAGCGAUCAUGUGGAUUUGACUUUAAUCUAUAAAAGCAUCGGAGAUUGUUGUCUGAGUCAGAAGAAUUAUAGCCGUGCAUUGGACAACUACGAACGAGCGAUCAAAUUGCUAGAAGCGAACAAACAAUCGUCGAAGUUAUACAUGCUUGAGGAAUUGCAAACUUUACUCCAUGAUACGAAAACAUUUAUAAUGAUGGUUUUUUCCGACAAGUCACGAACUUUACCAUGA